AUGGGGGUUGAUGAUUUUUUCAACCCUCAUGGAGGUAGCACCACUGACUCCUUCUCUCCUUCUCAACCAACCAUAGCCGAGUUGAGUGCCCAAAUGGCUCAGCUCCUACAGAUGCAGACUUUGGCCCCGAAUUUGAUCCUGAAUCAGGAUCCUAUUUUGAUGACCUCGAACCCGAUCCGGAAUCAGGAUCCUAUUUUGACGACCUCGACCUCGACCCCGACCCCGACCCUGACUCCGAUGAUGACCACGACCCCGAAUUUAUCUAUGAUUCAAACCUCGAUCUCGAUUUUGCCUCCGACUCCAGCCCCGACUCAAGCUCAGAUCUCGAUCCGAAUUCCUACUCAACCUGUAUCAUAUGCAUAUUCCGCUGCACAGAUUAUGACUUCUCGACUAACGACCCCGACACAUGGACUAGAUUGUGCAUAUUGUGGUGAUCCGAGACACACUCGUGAGACUUGUUUUAAAUUGCAUGGCUACCCCGAUUGGUGGCUACUCUUAAAGAUCGAGAACAAUGCAAUACGACCAGUAAUGGUACUGGUUAUGAAUUCCAUACUUCCGAUAAGAUUGAUUCCAGGAGUUGGAUAA